GCGAGACUUGUACGCUUCGGUACGGGUAAGCAAAUGCACUCAGACACUCUCAUCGUCGCUUGUCACCGGGAAACCCAGGCGCGGGUAUAUCACCGGCUCGGUCACGUUGCCGUCAUCGAGCAAUCCGGCGCUCAGAUAUUUACUGAUACGUCCUGGUGCAUGAUUCAGGAGCCUGUGAUUCCGCAGCAUGUGGGAUCAGAUCCGACCAAGUCGGUGAGCUAUGCAUACUAUGGGACAGAGCUGACCGGGGUCCGUCGGAUGCGAUUUGGCAGUCUCGCCGAGUGUGUUGACGCUGCUUGCUGGAGGGCCCUCCAGCAUGGCUCGCGGACAAAAUCGUUUGGAUUGACGAUGACAGCCAUUAAAUGCAUGAGGAUGAUCAGGCCACGCAUAUGUGCGGGAGAAGGCCUACAAGCUUCCGGAUGUCUCAAGCCUUUCACCUUGGCUGAAUUAUUUCGACCAACAGUCUGGUUAUCCACGGUCAUUUUUCAUUUUUUCUUUGCAAAGGUGAUUGUUUCGGUUAUAUUCGUGGGAUCCGAAAAGUUUUGAUUAAUCUGUCACUGCGACAGCAUUAUUUGCAGCAGCAGCAGCAG